AUGGGGGCUCACGUGAGCUACCAGGUCGCGGGCCCCGCGUCGGUCGAGGCUGAGGCGCUCCUGCGCUUUCCGCCGCAGCGAUGGUCAGGCUGGGGAUGCUCCCUGUCCUGGCAAGGCAAGGCUUUGGGCUGCUGCCGCGAGGCCGAGACGUGGGCGGAUCUCCUUUUCUCCACUCGCGACGUUCCGCUGUCCACCUUGUGGCCAGCCUGGGCUGGACCCUACAUGCCACCGGCCGUACCUGGUCUUGGCUUGAGCGUUGCACGUUACAACAUCGGAGGUUGUGGCCGACCUGAAGAGCAGGCCGGCCAUCCUUACGGCGGGCGCAAGGUGCGCGGGUGGUUUGCUGAGAUCGAGGGGUACCAGCCGCUCCCAGGAGGGGAGUUUGACUGGACCCGCGAUGAAGCACAAAGGAACUUCCUGCACUUGGCCAUCGAGCGCGGUGUGGACCAGGUGGAGCUGUUCUCGAAUGCCCCGAUGUGGUGGAUGAGUAAUUCAACUUCUUCUUUUGGCGGUGCCUUAGCGCAGCCGGACGAAUUCGCAAGCUACCUUGGAGAGGUGACAUCGCAGGCGCGAAGUGGCUGGGGAGUGCCCGUGCGCUCCGUGGCGCCCUUUAACGAGCCCUCUGCCGAUUGGUGGAGCUUCCCGCAUGACCAGGUGCAGUCAGAUGAGCUGAGAGCCAAGAUCCAGGCCGCCCUUCGAGAAGCCGAAGCAGAGGAGGCAAGGAGGCAAGAACUUUUAGUCGACAUCGAGGAAGCCGAGGAGCGGCAGUGGCUGCGGCGAGAGCUGGAAAGAACGAGAGAGCGGCACAUGCAGGCACAGAAAUCCAAUCGAGAUAAGGUUGAUUUCCGAGAGUACAUCGAUAAGGACAUUUCAGGAAAGUUUCGACCGAAACGUCCCCUCGACUCUGUGAUGCAAGGGAGUGGUGCAGCAAGCACCGACUGUGCGGAGACGGUCGUCCGGGGCGAGUACGUAUGGAGGAUCACAGGGUUUUCCUGGUUGAAACUGGCGCUGGAUCAGCAGAUGUCGGAAUGUUCAGUGUGGUCACCGAUCUUCGAACUGGGCGACGUUCCCUUCCAGUUUGCAUUCAACCCAGUGGCUAGCAGGAUGUUCUGGGGAGAUUAUUAUGCGUCUGUUGAAGAAGGAGAAGAAGAUGACUGGCCCCCAUUAGACGAUGAUGCUGGGCCACAUGGGUCUCUUGGAAUAGUGGUGGACACAUUUAGCACUUUUGUGCUUCGAUAUCGCAUCUUUAUCAAGGCACAGCAUGGAGAGUUCGUGCAGUGGGACGGGACCCAAAAUGUCAUCCACUAUGGCACCGACGAUGGCACACAUCAGCCUCUGGCAUUCGGCCCUGAUGUGCAUUGGCCGGAUGAUGAACCUCCUGGUUCGCAGGGCAUCUUCGGGCUGAGCUAUGAGGAGCUGCUGCAGUCCGAGUGGGUGAUGGAUGACACAUUGACCGUGAAAUUCGAGCUUGAAGUCCUUCCUGAAGCAGGGCCAGAGUCGGAAUCCUCGACCCCUGCCGCAGAGGUUCCCGAGCCAACGAUGACCGACGACAUGUGCGCACUCUUGGAGGAAGGCAGUUGCAGCGACGUGCGGUUGAUGGUGCAGGAGGAGGUGAUCCAGGCGCACUCGCAGGUUCUCUGUGCACGAUCCGAGGUCUUCAGAAAGCAGCUGACGGCAGGCAUGCAGGAGAGCGUUUCCAAGGUCAUCGUCAUCGAGGAUUGUGAUGUCGUGACAUUCAAAGCUUUUCUACAGUUUCUGUACACCGAUCGACUGCCGGACGCCCAGGCGCUGAUUCUGGCGGCAGCCUCAAAGGAGUCCGAGAACGGGAGCUGUGACCCACAGCUGUCACAGAUUCAGGCACUCUUGGUUGUGAGCCACAAAUAUCAAGUGAAACGGCUUCAACUAUGGUGCGAAGCAAAACUUUCCGAAGAAAUCAAUGCAUCAAGGGUCUGCAGCAUUCUCGUCCAGGCACAUCUCUUUCAGGCGAAGCAGCUGGAAAAGGCCUGUCUCUCCUUUAUCAAAGCGAAAGCAGGUCAGGUGCUCUUACUGCCGGCCUAUGCUGACUUGAGCAAAAAGUGGCCUCAGAUCGGGUUGAAGGUCAGCCUCUUUUUGGCAGGCGUCUCGGAGACGGCAUCACAGGACACGCGUUCGGAGGAGCCGGCCGCAUGA